GUUAAAGAAACGAGAAAAUCUGUCUCAAUUUUCCCUUUUGUCAAGAUUGCAGCAAGAGGAGCGAGCGAGCGAGCGAGAGGGAGAGAUGGAGGGGAUGUUUGUAGGGAUUCUAUCGAUGCUUCUCGUGUUCGUUCUCUUCCCACUCCUUUGGUGGAGGAGUCGUCAGAUUGCGCGGAUACCUCACGACCACGAAGACGAUCCUCAACCCCUUCAGGCUGAAAGAGUUGUUCGUCCUUCAGGUGCUCGCCGCAUGCGUCGCAGGCCUUCUGCUGCCAGCUCAUCUUUUGCUUCCACCAGUGAAGAAGUUCUUGUUCAAAGUGAUGAAGAGAUUCUGGAAGCUGAUCAUGUCAAUAAAGCAUCAAAGAAAAAAGAAAAGAAGAAACAAGAGCGGGAAGCACAACGACAAGCUGAGGAUGUCGGGCGUGAAUCAAGACAAAAGAAGCAAGAUCGUUAUGCUGAAAUGCAGAGGAGGAAGGACGAAGAGCGUGAAGCACAAGAACGCUUGAUGGAAGAAGAAGCCAUGGCUUGGAGAGCUAAAGAGGAAGAAAUUGCAGUUUUGGAGUUUGAAAAGUGGAAAGGAGAAUUUUCUGUUGAUGCUGAGGGUACAACUGAGAAUGUGAUGCAAGACGACAACCAAAGUUUGCUUUCUACUUUUGUAGAAUACAUCAUGAACCAGAAAUGUGUACCUCUAGAAGACCUUGCUGCAGAAUUCAAGCUGCGAACCCAGGAUUGCAUCAACCGCAUAAUCUCGUUGGAGAACACGGGGAGGUUAUCGGGCGUGAUGGAUGACCGUGGUAAGUAUAUCUACAUAUCACCCGAGGAGAUGAAAACUGUGGCAGAUUACAUCAAGCGGCAAGGAAGAGUCAGCAUCUCACAUCUUGCUAGUAAAUCCAAUCAAUUCAUUGAUUUGGAGCCUAAGCCUCAAUUAAAUGACCAUGUGACGGAUGGAAUAUCUGUGGCGUAGGUUAAACUUUGUGAGGGCAUGAAAUUUGCCAGAUCAAAUUUGGUUUGCUAAUUUUAUGUUGUUGGAAUAAUUAUAAACUUGAUAAAAUACUAAGUAUGUGAUAGUCGAUAAUUUUAAUUUAAA